AUGACUCUCUGGCUUCCAGUUUUCAUGCUUCGUCGAUAUGAAAAUAUUUCCAAUCUUCAUCUUAUAGUCUCAAUUGCUCAAAUAGUUUUAUUAGUUAUUUCAUUACUUAUCACCUAUUACACAGUAUAUAGAAUUAGUUUGAGCAACAUCUUCAAUUUCAAUAUCAAAUCGAUAUUUGUAUUCAAUCUUCUAUCGUAUAUUACAAUGUUUGCGGGAAAGUUUUUGAUUCUGCCGGUUUUGUUGGAUAUACACACAAUUGAAUCAUCUGCUGUUUUGACAAUACGAAAUAUUUUGGAAAUCCUUGAAGUUCAACCUACUUUUGAAAUCAAUUUAUUCAUCAUAGGUGGUGUUUUGAUUUGGACUCAUGUAACUAUUAUAACCGGAUCAAUACUAACAUUAUCAAUAGAGCGAACAUUUGCUAGUUAUUUUAUAAAUGAUUAUGAACGUGUACCUCGAAAAUGGAUUAGUAUAUUGCUUGUUUCAUCAAAUAUCAUUUUCACAAUUCUAGUCACUUCAGUGACAAUUCUAUGUAUUCGACCGUUUUUUGAAAUAGUAUGCUUCAAUAUCAUAGCUCAGCUCGCAGCAAUUAUGGUAUUAAUAAUAUUUUUUAUUGAUUUUCCUCAUAGUGUUUCUAGGUGUUUCUCUCCAAUCGAUUCUACACAAUCAACAUUGUUGAACGUCUGAAAAAUAACUCAAAUUAUAGUUUGGCAACUCGAUUUCAAACUGUUGAGAAUUUACGAGCCGAGAAAAUGAUUGCACGAUUGUAUUUCUUUGGUGGCAUCGGGUUUCUCACUUGCUUCAUCACAUUUUAUGCGUUCUAUUCGAAUCGUUGGACCAAAUAUCAAAUAUACUUUUUAUGUCUUAUAGAAUCCAUUGUUCUUCUGUAAGUUGUGUGAACAACCUUUAUCUUUACCAAAAAAAAAUGUUCUAGUUAUCCAUUGUUGGUUUGUCCGAUUUUCUUGAUUUCGUUGAGAAAAGUGCCAAUGAAUAAUGUUUCACCGCAAAAUGCAAAUUUUCGAGAAGAAGCUGAUGUUUAUUUCAAACAUUUAACAAACUCAUGGCGUUGA